AUGCUUUUCUUUCUGUUCAAUUGCAGAUUGCACUGCGCAGCCAGAAUGCACAACCAAGGGUGGGUUCUGCGUCAGUGGGAAACUCGAAGAAUCGUGCAGCGGCGGCGUAGAGUUGAAAGGUGGAUGCAGGCAAGGGUAUUGCUCCUGCUGUAUUCCACCUUGCACAGCUCUUCAGAGGUGUACCAGCAAUGGAGGACAGUGUUUCAACAAGAAUAGUAACUUCCAAUGCAACACUACCAUCUACCUUGAAGGCUGCAGUCAGUCGUACUGUGCUUGCUGCAUUCCCGAUGUUACUGUCUGCAUUGAAAAGCCCCAGUGUGACGCUGCUAAUGGCACGUGCAUGAAACCCACAGCCUGGAGUACUUGUAACGGUGCAAUUGACAGCUCUGCCUGCUAUGGCACAAACUGCGCAUGUUGCAAGCCAGGAGCUUGUACACCAAAACCCAUCUGUUUGGACAAUGAAGGCUACUGCUUCGACACAACAAGUACUCAAACCUGCAGCGGAACUGUCUAUGCCGAUGGUUGUGAUGGACCAAACUGUGCUUGCUGUUUCACCAAUCCUAAUAUUUGUGUGGAAUUGCCUGAAUGUGGAGGAGAAAGCGGCAGGUGCGUGAAAGAUGAUGACUGGGGAACUUGCUAUGGCUUGGCUGAACCAGCAGGUUGUCUUGGAAACAAAUGCACUUGCUGCCAGGGUGAGUCACAUGAGCUAUGGUAGAAGAACUGGGUGCUA